AUGCAAAAUGCAUUGUUGAAGCUUUGGGAAAUGUUUGAAGACAGUAGGCAUGCUAGGAGGAAGGAUAACCUGGAAAGUUCACUUACUAUCCACCACCUUAUAGAAGAGAAAAGGAAUCUGGAUGCCAACUAUGACAAACUAGUUGAAGAUGUCCAUCAACUUCUCAGUGCACAGGAGGACAAGGUGUUGGAUCUCAGCUAUGUGCAAGCUAAGGAGAAGAGAGCUGAGGUUGCCAGUGCAUCAGAUGUGGCUGGCAUGAAGAAUGAGAUGGAGAAGAAAGAGGCAGAGAACUUGAAGCUGAAAGAGAAGUAUAAAGUACUGAUGAACCUGCUAGAAGCUCAAGGCAGUGUUAUUAGGAACCUGGAGAUGAAUCAUUUGAAAGAGAAGGAAAAGCUAACUGAAGGCGACAACAAUUUAAAGAUUCAGGUUGAUGAGCUCACCAAGGCUGUGAAAACACUCACAGAAGAGAAUGUGCAGCUGAACCUUCACAUGUCUUAUCUCAAGAGGGGACAUGAGAAUCUGAUAAAAUGCAGGGAUGAGUUAAAGCUCCAUCUAGCAGUUCAGUUCAAUUCACUGGAGAAGAGCAAAGAGAAGUUGAAGUUGAUCCAUGACAUCUUGAAGGAAUGA